UUCUCAUAUAUAGAGAGAGAAUACAAAACUUGGAACAUAUUGUAACCUUUAAAAUUUAACUAUUUAGUCCAAAAAUAAUUGACCCAAUGCGUAACGUGCUUCGAAAACCAAUUAUUAGUUUAAAUCUUAACCUUUUAAACUUUUUAAAAAAAUCAUAAUUAAAAUUUAUUUGAUAUAUAUUAUAUAGUGGUUAAAAUGUGCCUAUAGCUCUCGUACUUUUCGGGAAUUAGGAAUUUAGUUCCUCUACUUCUCAGAUUUCAAAAUUCAAGUCCAAUUGUUGACAUUGUUUUCUUUGUUAAAUUUGUUAUUUUGACAUUUUGAAAUGAAAAGCUACUCGUUUGGCAGUCAUGUAAUUAAAGAAAAUGUUGUAAUUAACCUGAUAUUUAAAAAAAUAUUAACAGUAUUAACAGUUGGACUUGAAUUUUGAAAUAUGAAAAAUAGAGAGACUAAAUUCCCAAAAAUACAAGUACAUGGACUAAAUUCUUAAUUUUCAAAACGUGUAAAGACUAUAUGCAUACUUUAACUUUAUAUAUAUAACCUUAACCUAGCAAAAACAAAAGACAAUUCCAACCAUGUCAUUCGGACAAGAAUGAGAUGUAAUCAAAAAAAAAGAAAAGACUAGGUCAAAUAGUUAAUUAGGGGCUUACAAAACAGAGGCCCCAACCAUCAAAUGUUGGUUCCUAAAAUUAGAAUUCACCCCCUCCAAAAUUUGUGUGGUGUGUAAAAUGAUCCCAACAAGCUUCCCCCAUCACCUUCAUUUGUUGUCUAAACCCAUGCCCUUUUCACAUUGCUCAAUAUCAUCCUCCUCACAUCAAUGUCCCUCAUUGACAAUCCUAUGUAUAAGCUUCAAAUAUUACAGGCCUUUGGUUGUUUUCUUUUAUUCUCUUCUCUCUUCUCUUUAUUACCAACAUCCACCACCUUUGCAUUAACCGAUGCAGAAGCGGCCUACAUUGUUCGCCGCCAGCUUAAGACUCUUCCUCCUAACGAUGAACUCCCUCCGGAAGUCGAAUAUGAGGUUAAAGUAUCAUUAACGUUUUCCAACCAGAGGCUGAAGAAAGCAUACAUCGGCCUUCAGGCUUUGAAAAAGGCUAUAUACUCUGAUCCUAUGAACAAGACUGGCGAUUGGGUAGGCUCCAAUGUGUGCAAUUACACCGGCGUGUUUUGUUCCGAGGCGUUGGAUGACAAGACCUUAACUGUGGUUUCAGGGGUUGAUCUUAAUCAUGCUGACAUCGCGGCACACUUUCCAGCUGAGAUGGGGUACCUGACUGAUCUCGCGUUGAUCCAUUUAAAUUCCAAUAGGUUCUGUGGGAUUGUACCUAAAACGAUGUCUAGACUAAAGUUGAUGUAUGAAUUUGAUAUCAGCAAUAAUCGUUUUGUCGGUCCUUUCCCUGAAGUUGCCCUUUCAUGGCCUACCAUUAGGUUCAUUGAUCUAAGGUACAACAACUUCGAAGGUAGCAUACCGCCCGAACUCUUCGAAAAGAACUUGGAUGCCUUGUUUUUGAACAACAAUAGGUUCAAAUCCACCAUCCCUAAAGCGAUCGGUAAAUCAACCGUUUCCGUCGUGACGUUCGCCAAUAACAAAUUCGAAGGAUGUAUUCCACACAGUAUCGGUAAGAUGUCUAAUUUGAACGAGAUUAUCUUUAUGAACAACAACCUCGUCGGUUGUUUCCCAGAGGAAGUCGGGAUGCUUACCAACGUAACGAUAUUCGACGCUAGCUCGAACGCAUUCACGGGUUCAUUGCCAGAAAGCCUUGCCGGUAUGAAAAACAUCGAAUCCUUAGAUCUUUCACACAACAAGCUAACCGGAACGGUGCCGGAAAAUGUUUGUAAGUUGCCGAAGUUGUCUAAUUUCACAUUCUCUCGCAACUAUUUCCAAAAUGAGCCUAAUGAUUGUCAAGUACCUUCCAAGAAAGACAUUGUGUUCGACGAUACCUAUAAUUGUUUGCCUGGUCGACCAAAACAAAGAUCAACUAAAGAAUGCCAACCUGUAAUAAGCCAACUUGUUGAUUGUAGUAAGGAUAAGUGUGCCGGCGGCGGGGGUAGGUCGCCACACAAGCCAAAACAUAAACCAAAGCCAAACCCGGAACCUCAACAGCCUAAGCAACCACACCCGCCAACUCCGGUACACCAUCAUCCUCCACCAUCACCACCUAAAGAAUCUCCGAAGACUCCUAUUAAACAAGCAGGUAAAGAAGAAGUAUCCCCACUCGAGCGUUCUAGGCCACCAGCACCACCAAUUCACCCUCCACCCGUCUCCUCACCACCACCUGUCCAUUCUCCACCUCCACCGGUUAAGCCACCACCAGCACCAGUUUACUCCCCUCCACCACCUGUCCAUUCUCCACCACCACCGGUUAAGUCACCGCCACCACGACCUACCGAGGGAAUUCACCUCCCGCCAAACUUGGGAUUCCAAUAUUCAUCACCACCUCCACCCAUGUUCCCAGGCUACUAAAUAGUAUUAUAAAACCUUUUUAUUUUGUAUAAAAAGGGUAAGAAGUCAUGUUGUUAAAUUCCAAUAUCUUACUGUUGGGAUUAUAUUUUGUUUUAGAGAUUGAAUCUCCUAGUUUUUAAUAGGUUAAAACUUAUUAUUAGUCCCUAUACUUUAUCAAAAUUGUAGAUUUAAUUUUAUAUACU